UAAAAUAAAAUAAAAUAAAAUAAAAUAAAAUAAAUUCAAAUUUGGUGAAAAGUGAAAAGAUCUCCUUAAGCUGAAUCCUAUUACUGUUUUAUUUAGAUGGAUCAAUGAAAACGUCAUUUCACGAUUGUUUAUAUCCUAAUUACAUAUAUACAAACAAACAUGCAUACGUGUAUGUACGAGUAUAUACAAUGUAGAAGGAAUUUAAAAUCAACACCCAAUUAUUGAUAAUGAUGUUAAAAUAAGAAAAGAAAUUAGUGAAUUUUUUGUUUAUUUUCUCAUGCAUACACACAAAUGUACAUUUGUAAAUGGUGGAAUUUGUAUGAAAAUUACAUUGUGAUAUCAAAAACGAAAUGAGUUAAUGCCAAUGUGGCUUCGAUUAGUUUUUUGAAAUCAAGUGUUUUUUAUAUGAAUUUAUGUGAAUCAUUUUUUUGCUAAAGUGAACCAAUUGACAAGGCAACCGAAAUCCCUACAUAUUUAUUUAACCGCCUCAAGUGCUUGCCCCAAUUAGUUGUGAACUUUCAAAUCAAACUUUCUUUCGUAUUCAAAUCUCAGCGGAAGUGGUGAUCAUGGAGAAUGUGAGGUUUUCUAUAAUUGAGAACGAUCUCAAGUGGCACUCGGAGAGCCAUGAAACACACGAUUUCUUUUUCGACAAACGCAGCAUCUCCAGCGAGAAUAGCAGCAACAGCGAUGCAGUAUUUAGCGAUGAGGCGCAUGAGAUCUUCUUGUGGCAGCAACAGCACCAAAUGAUCUGGGAUCAGCAUGAGAUCGAGGAGACAUUGGGUAUGACACCAAAUUCGUUGGCCAUAUUCGAAAUGGUUAAAAGGAAUUGUUUUAUGGCACUGAUUCCGGCAUCUAGUGAUGCCAAUUUAGCGCUACUCUACUCAUCCAUCUAUGGCUGUGUGGAGAAUAUCAUACAUUUGCUCGAUCACUAUGCUGCCGAUCCGAAUUGCAAGGACUUACGUGGACGCUCACCGCUUCAUUUCGCCUGCUGUCGCGGUAAUGCGCACAUAGCCAAAGUGUUGUUGGAUCGUGGCGCUGAUCCCAAUCGUUAUGAUGGCAAAAAGGAGGUUACACCGUUACAUUGUGCGGCCAGCGCCAAGAGUGUGGAAUGCAUUUUGCUGCUACUGAAACGGAAAGCGCACAUCAACAUUGGCAUUGAGAAGCGUUCGGCGUUGCAUUUUGCUAUCGACCGCAAUGCGGUUGAAUGUGUGGAGACUCUGCUUAAAUAUGGCGCAGAUCCCAAUACGCCACAGGUAUACACGGAAACACCACUGCAUACAGCUUGCGCCUUGGGCUUCAGCAAAUGUGUGGAAUUACUAUUGAAUCAUGGCGCAGAUGUGCGUUCACAGUUUGGCGAAGGGAAAUUGACAGCCUUGCACUUGGCCGCCGAGAAUGAUUACGUCGAAUGUGUCCGUUUGCUGCUGGAACAUGGCGCAGAGGUGGAUUGUCGAAAUGCGAGCCAUCAGACGCCAUUACAUUUGGCCUGCCUGUCACAAUCGAUCGAAACUGUCGACUUACUCAUCAAGUAUGGCGCUAAUGUGAAUGCGGUGUACAGGGAUGGUCGUACGGCCUUGCAUGCUGCCAUCGUGAAGCAAUCUCGCAGUUUGGAUUGUUGCAAUGCUCUAUUGAAAGCAGGUGCCAAUGUCAACAAGGCGGAUAAUUUUGGUUAUACACCGUUGCACAUUGCGGCCUUGAACGAGUUCAGCAACUGUGUGUACACCUUUAUUGAACAUGGCGCUGACAUUACGGCUCGCACAAUGGGUAAUGUAUCCGCGCUGUCCUUCAUCGUGCGGCGUACGCCAGAGAUCAUACCAAAGCUUACGGCCAAAAUGGAUAGUUCGAUAAAAGUGAAUGAACAUGAGAUCGGCGAUGUUGAUUGUGAGAUCAAAUUGGACUUUCGUCUUUUAGUGCCACCCACGACAUUGGAACGUGGAGAGACUGAAUUAUUGUUGUCACUAAUUGAGGUCGGUCAAAAACGCUUACUUAUGCAUCCGUUAUGCGAGACUUUUCUCUUUCUAAAAUGGCGUCGCAUACGAAAAUUCUUCCUGAUGAGUCUGCUUUAUCAUGCGAUCUACGUGAUAUUAUUCACCAUGUACAUUGUGGGCGUAUACGCGAGGAACUGUGCUAAGAAUCCAAAAUGUGAGGCGCCGAGUUAUAUAAGCACAGUGGGCUAUUUUGUCAUAAUAUUGAAUUUAAUAUUGAUGGGCAAAGAGAUAUUUCAGGUGAGUGAUGAGAUGGCGCACGGCUUACAAGGUUACGCGAAAUAUUGGGAGAAUUGGCUGCAAUGGGCUAUAGUUUUUGGUGUCUUGCUUUGUGUGACACCAGAAAUUUUAACGCCCACCAAUUUGUUGGCUGUUCCCACUUGGCAACAUCACGUGGCAGCAAUCGUCGUGCUUCUUGUUUGGCUGGAGUUAAUGAUGUUGGUCGGACGUUUUCCCAUAUUCGGUGUUUAUGUGCAAAUGUUCACAAAAGUUGCUGGUAACUUUUGCAAAUUCCUUUUGGCCUACAUCUGCUUGCUGAUUGCCUUUUGUCUCAGUUUCUCUGUACUUUUCAACGAUUACCCACCAUUUGAGAAUAUAACAUGGUCUCUACUCAAAGCCAUCACAAUGAUGUCCGGCGAAUUGGAGUUCGAAGAUAUAUUUUAUGGCGAUAUACCCGUUAAAUUUCCUGUCACCUCACAUAUACUAUUUCUCUGCUUUGUACUACUCGUCACUGUCAUACUCACUAAUCUCAUGGUCGGUUUGGCUGUCAGCGAUAUACAGGGCUUACAAGUAUCAGCCACUUUAGAUCGUUUGGUGCGCCAAGCUGAAUUAAUUUCACGCUUAGAAAGUUUGUUCUUCUCUCGUCUACUACGUCGUGCGCCCGUCAAAUUGAUGCAACUUUGUAAACGUAGCGCAUUACUACGCACUUCGCGCAAUAAACUAAUGUUUGUGACACGACCAAACGAUCCGCGUGACAAUCAAUUGCCUGAGGAUAUCAAAUUGAAUAUAUACAAGCUGGUAGCGGAGCGACGCGAUCGCAAUUUAAGUUUACGUCGACGUAAACUCGAAAGCAAUUACAAUAUGUUCAAUCAGAGCUUGCAGCGUCAGUAUGAGGAGAAGAAACGUUGCACUGCCAUACCCGUGGGGUUGACGACUGAUAAAAUAUCGCCGAACGCCACGCCAAAGAACAACAAUGUGAAUAAUAAAAAGUUCGGUAAUGAUUUAAAGGAACCGCAUGUUAUGGUUACCGUACGUGAAAACGAUUGUCUGCUGCGACCACGCUCUGCUACCAAUGUGCACGAUCAGUUGAUGGCCGAAAGCGACGUGGCGGUGAAGUUAAAGAGUCAGGUCAACGGCAUUUCUGACGUACGCGCUGAAGUGUUGUCGCUGCGCGAACAUUUACGUGAGAUAAGUCAAAAGCUGGACACGUUUUCGGAUAGUGCAAACAAGAAACUCACAUUCACAGCUGAGGAGGUGUGUCGGAUAAAAAUUCACCUUGAGCAAAAAGCGUCCUUUCAAUGCUGAUUAUGGCUUUAAGUAGCAAACUUCUUGGAGCAGAGAGAACUAUUCCGGAGCAAUUAUAACCAAAGAGCUUUAAUACGAACUUUUAUAUACAUAUACGCAUGUAUAUACAUACAAUAUAUAAAUAUAUACGUAUUAGUAGCACA